CGAAACGUGGCUUAAUUGAGGAUAUUAAAAACUCUGAUAUUCUGCAUUCGGGAUAUGACAUAUUCAGGAACGAUCGCGGAUCUCGUGGUGGUGGAGUACUGUUAGCGAUAAAGAUUUCAUCAUUUAAAUCAAUGCGGGAAAUUCAACAUGGUCAUGAUUUGGAGAUCUCCAUGGCUGAAAUAACAACCACUUCAAACGCAAGUUUAUUAAUUUUUUCUUGUUUUCGUCCUCCAAACUCAGAUCAUAGCUGGUUGGACAAGUUCAAUAACUUUAUGAGUGAUGUUUGUUCACAACAUUCAAACAUUGUGCUUGCAGGAGAUUUCAAUAUGCCACGUAUAUCAUGGGACUCGCCAGAGAAAACAUCAGGUAGUAACGAAAAUACCUUCGUAGAACUGCUCCAUGACCAUUUCUUGGAACAACUAAACACCGCACCUACUAGAGGUAAUAACACGUUAGAUCUCGUUCUUACCAAUUGCAAUAUUCCCAACAAAGUCAAAAUAUGUGAAAUUUUGCCUCCCACUCAAGCAGAACUUUUCACCGAUCACAACAUUAUUGUGUUUGAAUUUUCAAUGUGUCAUAAUCAACUACCAAAGAUACGCAGAACUGUCUAUAAUUAUUGUCAAGGUGAUUUUGCUGGCUUACGAACUUCCCUUGAAUGUCUAAAUCUGGAUUCCCUGAUUACAACCAACGACAAUAUCAACAACGACUGGCAACAAUGGAAGAAGGCGUUCCUAGAAGCAGUAUCCCAACACAUACCAUCAGUGAGAGUAAAGGGUCGCAACUACAGUAUGUACCGUGGAUGA